AUGCAUAUCGACAGCCUUGAUCCAACCAACUUUCGAAUUUCUACGUACAACCUCAGAUAUGACUCGAUGCCCGACAAUAUCACUGUAUCGCAGUCAAUUUCUGCUUUGGGUAAUCCUCUUGUGCAAGAGACGUUUUUGGGGUUGUCUGGGGAACAGCCAUGGAGUACGAGGAGGCUACGCGUUUCAGAACAUUUGCUGAGUGAGGGAACUAUCAUCUCUGGAUUCCAGGAAGCACUAGUGAGGCAGGUAACCGAUCUGGCGGAGCUCUUUGGGGAUGACUGGGGUUGGAUUGGUGUUGGACGUGACGAUGGGGUAGAAGCAGGGGAAUUUAGUCCGUUGUUCUACAAGAAAUCUGCUGUCAAGCUGCUUUCGAAUGAUACCUUUUGGCUCUCACUCACUCCUUUCGAGCCGUCCAAAUACCCUGGAGCAGGCUCUUUCCGGCUGUGUACUGUGGCAAACUUUAGCUUGACAACGGGCGCCAAAACAAAGUUCACGGUAUUGAACACCCAUCUGGAUGAUCAGUCGGAUAUGCAGCGGCAAGUUGGGGCGUCAUUGAUUUUGACGAGAGCACGGUAUGAAGCUGUACGGUCGCGUGGCCCAGUAUUUGUAACAGGCGACUUCAACAGUCCCUCAACUGGUAAUAGUUCUGGCGCUUACAAUAUCAUCACUGGCGCAAUCCCACCAGUGGCCAUAAACGCGACAUUCGCGGCUAAGUACAAUGUCGGGAAUCAGCUUCCAGAUUUCAAGAUGCUUGACCUUCGAGGUCAGGCGCCGAGACAGAGCGUCUCUAACAAUUUUGCCACUUAUACUGGGUUUAAUGGACCAGCUGACACUUCAGUUUGGCAGAGAAUUGACUUCAUCUUUGGAGGAAGUAAUCUUGGGUGGUAUGCGUAUAAGGUUGGAAGUUCGCUAUCGGAUGAUGGAACUCUGGCGAGCGAUCAUCGCCCUGUGUUCGUAGACGUAGCCAUCUGA